AUGCGAACAGAUUGCCUAAUUGUGGCACUCUGCCUGCUGGCGACAAUGACGGAGGCCCAGAGAUCGGACGAUGAUCAUUGGGUGUGGCGCACUUACAAUCGCCAGCAACGCGCCUUUCGUGGCAGUCCCUCCACUGGAAUAAAAAAUACCAAUGAUGAUAAAUACCGUCGCGAGCUCUACACGCGCGAUCGUGAGCCAACCACAAGAAGGCCGCUGCCAGGCGAGCCAGAGAACGACGAGAUCGAGGACUACGCCGAUAUUGACCCGAACAAGCAGGGCUCCCCGAAUGUUGGUACACGACAGUUUAAUCCCUACGGCGGAGGAGGCUCCGGUCUCUUCAAUGCAGGCCAGUUUACUGGCUUGGGAGGGUAUGGUGGCAGCCCCGGCAUUUUGGUGGGACCAGGCGGUCCCACAGGCAUCAUUGGACGCCCACAACAGCAACAGUUUCCUGGCCAAGGAGUAUAUCAGCCCGGUUUUGGCGGCUUCAAUGGCGCCCAAAACGGCAUCGGAGGCUAUCCUGGCGUGUAUGGCGGUAAUGUUGGCUUCAAUGGUAUUGGUGGUCUGCCUGGAGCUGGAUUUUCAGGCACACAGCCCCAGACUGGUUUUGCUGGCUUCCCAGGACAGCAGUCUGGGCUGGGACAGUAUCCCGCAGCUGGCCAAUAUCCAUUCACGCAAUAUCCAGUACCCAGUGGACAGUACCCAGGGGCGGAGUAUGCUAGCGGACAGUUUCCGAAUAGCGCCCAAUAUCCUGGCAACGCGUACCCAGGCCCGCAAUACACAGAGGGUUAUGGCUUGGCUACUCCAAACGGGCAGUUGGGCAUCUAUCCAAAUCAGGGCCUCCGACCUGGCAACUUCUUCGACGAGAACACAAACAAACCCAACAGCGUUGCCGCCGAUGGCAAAAGUCUAAAGAAUGUUGAGCUGCAGGGAGAGGGACGCAGCACCGGAAACCCGUCAGUCAAUGACAAGCUGAACAACAAAAAGUUGUAG